UCCGUUUUUUUCCCCGGGAAUGGGGUCGUCGCCCAGCUGCAUCACAGAAUGCGGAGGUUCAGAUUGUCGGCCUUUGGUGCAAAGGCUGAUGAGGGAGCCGGAGGACAAGGAGACCAUCUCCAUGCACAGGUAUGAACAUGCAGAAUCCACUGCUACACCUGAUACUACGGUGGAAAGCACUUGGGGCUCUCAGAUGCCGCCGCUGCCCCCGGUGAUGCCGGGACUGGUGCUACACGACGGAUUUUUGGAGGACGAAGCUUUGGAGAUGCCAGAAGAUCCCUUGGAUCGUCAGGAGAUCUCUGGUUUUAUCCGUGACCUGGUCAGGGGCAGGACUCUGCCGGUCUUGGCGGUGAAUGGCACUGCCGUGGAAUGCCUGGUGGCCAUGGACAAACAGCUCCGGUACAUGGUGAUCCAACGCACUGGAAAGAAGGAAGCGAAACGCCGUGCGCUGGCAUUGGAGACAGUGGACCAGGAGACCUCGAUGCCGGGUGGGAUGCAGUGGCCGCGCAGUGCCCUGCCUAGUGCUGAGGAAACAGAUGAGGAAGUCGUUUGGAAUGGAGCACCCGCGCAGCAAGACUUGCUCAUGACUGAAUCCGAGGAUGAUUCAGAGGUGGCGCUUCUGCAGAUGCUCGGCAUCAGCAGCGAUUUGGAUGAUGAGUUCGUGGAUAGCGACGGCGAGUCCGAGGCAGACCAGCAAGCGCUUCAAAUGAAAACGCGCGAGAGCACAGAGAAGGAGCGACGGAUGGAGGAAUGGCUUCAGCAACUCUGCCACGAGGUAGACAAGCUGCAAGCCACCAGCAGCUGGCUGACAGUGGGGCUGCAGCAGGCCCUGGGUGCAGUAGACAAUUUGGAACUUUGCUUGCAGCAGCAGAUCCAGUUGACUGAACAGCUGCAAGAGCUGCACCGAAUGCAACUGGAAGCUGGUUUUAGCCACGCUGACACAGAGUAUGAAAGAACAGAGGAAACCUGGGCUGAUUUCGCUUCGAUCUCAGCCCCAUGGAAUCCGUCCACUGAACUUUGUGGACAGAAAGCACCGCCUGAUCUCGAAAUGACCUCGGGCCUUUGGAAAAGCAUCAGUUUCUCUACCGGCCUUCCUGGUAUGACAAAGACGCAUAUCAAAGGCCCCCCAGAACACCUCGACGUCACCAGUGGGCAAGCCAUGUCGGCUGCCUGUCGACGUCGUGUGCGCUGUCACUCCGCCGUGCCGCUGCUUGUUGCUCCGCGGCGCUGGGAGAUGCUGCGCUUGCGUAUAGAUGGAGCACGUGAGAUUUUGAUUUCGAGGCUGCAGCAGUUUCUUGCAGGAAUUGAUGCCUGGCUUUUGCAGUCGCCUCUGUCCAUGGCGACAAGCAUGCCAACGGUGCCUGUGUGA